AAGACGAAAGGAUACAUGAAAAGCUGUCGAUGUACCUCGGCUGGCGAUCUAGACUGCCAAGAGCAGCCGCACCGACGGCAUUCCACGCUCUUGGCCAACGUGCUUUCGGAAACUACGCGCGACUUUAGUGCGCGCCGACCAGGAGGAGGAGCGCCGCCGAGCUUGGAAAACCAUCGUUGGAAAAUGUACUUUCCAUUAGCCCUUUUCCACCUGGUAUCUUUGACUUGGAUUGUUAUAUCAAUAGGGGCGACCGAAGUACGAAGCGAGCCCCAGCCAAUAGCAAGGCCUACGCGACCGAAAGUAUUUACCAGUCCAGACGAGCUGAAAGAGUACCUAGACAACAUAAAAAUAUACUACACGUUGAAUGGGAAAGCGCGAUAUGGCAAGAGAGCGGAUCCACACCCGAUGCAACCCACUUUCGAAAAUCCUUCGAAUUUUCCACGAAUGAUCCUGGCCAUUAGUCAACAAAAUCAAUGGGAUCAGCAAGGUGAUCUAGCGCUAACCGAUAAAGAAGACAAGAACAAACUACAGAUAAUGUAUCCGUACGAGCGUAUGACGAGAUACGGGAUUAUGGAAUAAGAACUUUUUUCCUUGAGCAAAUAAUUUGACGAGAAAUUAUUCUCACCCGGACUUUUUGAUGUAAAGAUCGCAUAGUAGUAAUUAAAUGAAGAAAGUUGAUUAAUAUUGAGAAGCAUAUUAUAUUUCAAAAUAUGGCCAUUUAACGAUAUUAUAGUUGAGCUUUUGGCACGCUCAUCACUGCGC